GUGAAGGAGGUGCUGCAGGCGUUGGAGGAGCUGGCUGUGAACUAUGACCAGAAGAGCCAGGAGGUGGAGGACAGGAGCCAGGCCAACCAACAGCUGCAGGAGGAGCUGCAGCAGAGGACUACGGUCCUGUUGUCAGUUCAGAUGGAGCUGACCACGCUCCAGGAGCUCAGUGGACACCAGAAGAAGAGAGCUGCAGAGAUCCUCCACCUGCUGCUCAGAGACCUCAGUGAGAUAGGAGCCACCAUGGGCACCAGCGACAUCAAGGUGAUGGCUGAGGGGAACGGUAACGGUGGAGUGAUUGAGGAAGAGUUCACCAUGACCCGUCUCUACAUCAGUAAGAUGAGGUCAGAGGUCAAGUCUCUGGUGAACCGCUCCAAGCAGCUGGAAAGCUCCCAGGGUGACACCUCACGCAAGAUGGCCGCCAACGAGAAGGAGCUGGCUUCCUGUCAGCUGCUCAUCUCCCAGCACCAGGCCAAGAUCAAGUCCCUGACAGACUACAUGCAGAACAUGGAACAGAAGAAGAGACAGCUGGAGGAGAGUCAGGACGCUCUGACUGAGGAGCUGGCCAAGAUGCACGCUCAGGAGAAAAUGCACGAGGUGUCAGUGGUGGACACGGAGAAGGAGCACGUCAGUAGACUGGAGGGUGAAGAGGAGGUUAAGAAGACUCUAGAACAGCAGAUGGAGGCUCACAGAGAGGCCCACCAGAAGCAGCUGGCCCGACUCAGGGACGAGAUCGAUGACAAACAGAGGACGCUGGAUGAACUCACAGAUCUGAACCAGGGCCUGAUGCUGGAGCAGAGGAGGCUGAUGUCUGACCAUGAGAAGCUGAAGGUGGAGGAACAGGAGAAGGACAUGAAGCUCCAGAAGCUGGUCAUCUUCAACGAGCAGAGAGAGCAGGCCAGACAGGACCUCAAGGGACUGGAGGAGACUGUGGCCAAAGAGCUGCAGACUCUUCAUAACCUACGCAGGCUCUUUGUUCAAGACCUCACAACACGCGUCAAGAAGAGUGCAGAGCUGGACUGUGAGGAUGGAGUGGGCAGCGCCGCCCAGAAACAGAAGAUCUCCUUCCUGGAGAAUAACCUGGAGCAACUCACUAAAGUCCACAAGCAGUUGGUGCGUGACAACGCGGACCUGCGCUGUGAGCUUCCCAAGCUGGAGAAGCGUCUGCGGGCCACGGCCGAGCGGGUCAAGGCCCUGGAGAAUGCGCUGAAGGAUGCCAAGGAGAACGCUAUGAGAGACAGGAAACGCUACCAGCUAGAGGUGGACCGCAUCAAGGAGGUCGUCAGGGCCAAGAACAUGGCCAGGAGAGGAAACUCCGCUCAGAUCGCUAAGCCCAUCCGGCCAGGCCAACACCCCCUGUCUUCCCCUACAGUCAUCAGAGGAGGAGGCCUCUACAGCCACAGCUACAACCUCAGCACCAAGUAACCAUGUAGAAUCUAGACCCUGAGUCACGAGUGCAUGUGUGGUAGGUACAGACUGUCCCAUUCCCAGUAAGACCCCUCUGCCCUCAUCCUCUUGUCCUUCCCCUGGGUCUAGGAGUAAGACCCCUCUGCCCUCAUCCUCCAGUCCUUCCUCUGGGUCUAGGAGUAAGACCCCUCUGUCCUCAUCCUCCUGUCCUUCCUCUGGGUCUAGGAGUAAGACCCCUCUGUCCUCAUCCUCCUGUCCUUCCCCUGGGUCUAGGAGUAAGACCCCUCUGUCCUCAUCCUCCAGUCCUUCCUCUGGGUCUAGGAGUAAGACCCCUCUGCCCUCAUCCUCCAGUCCUUCCUCUGGGUCUAGGAGUAAGACUCCUCUGUCCUCAUCCUCCUAUCCUUCCUCUGGGUCUAGGAGUAAGACCCCUCUGCCCCCUUCCACUCUACUCUGUGGCAUCUUUCAUAGUUUUCACAUACUGUAUGUCUUUGUCUUUUCCAUUGUACAUGCACAUAUAUAUUUCAUUGUAGUGUUGUCUUGGAGGGGAAGAUGUAUGCUGAUAGAUGGUUACAUGUAUAUUACAGAGGGUGAUAUGCCAUCACUAAGAACCACAUUGUAUAGCAUAUGACAGUCACAGUAAUGUAAACAUGAUCUUUACUUGUUGUUGAAGAAUCCUUUGCUUUUCCGACUGCAUUAGGAAUGUAUGAUAGUUCACCUAAAGAAGUUCAAAGUUCAGACUGGAAUGAUCGCCCACCUGCACUGUGUUUUGCACCAUAUUCCUUUACUUCAGUUAGGAUCAGCACAUUGUUUUUGCUCUGUUGUAUUGGUAAGCAUAUUGAUCAUGGUUUACCUAUGCUUUUAGGGACACUUUAUUCUUAAAAUAAGCUAAGUUUGAAUGUAAAUGUUUUAAUUCACUUACAAAACAAGCUGUGCUCUAUUUAAGCAAUAAGGCCCGAGGGGGUGUGGUAUGUGGCCAAUAUACCACGGCUAAGGGCUGUUCUAAGGCACGACGCAACGUGGAGUGUCUGG